AUGGAGAGAGAUUUCAUGGGUUUGAACUCAAAAGAACCAUUAGCUAUGGUGAAGGAAGAGAUUAACAAUGAUGGGUUAAGAGAAAUAGGAUUUGCUAAAGGUUCAGGUAUACAGUGGUCCUUCUCUAACAAGGCCUCUGCACUUCCCCACUUCAUGUCUUUUAAGGUUGUUCAAGAUGAUAAGGCUAAAAAGGUUGUUUCUGAUCCUUUGAUGCCAACUGGUUUCAUGCCUAUCUCAGCUGCAGAUGCAUAUGAUCCAAGUCAAAACCGUUCAACAGCUGAAAUUCAGAAAUCGUUCAAUCACGAUAGGCAAGGUGCGACUCAUAUUUCCCUGUCAUCUUAUUCUGUGCAAAAUGAUGUGCCUUCUCUGCAUCGUCCUCACGAUGUGAAGACUUUUCCAGUCUCAAACCAGGGAAUUUCAGUUUCUGUGAACAAUCCUUUCCUCAAGAAUCAUUUCGGUACCAAUGGUCUGAGUUUGGUUGGUGCUAACACAAAGCCACAAGUACUUGGAGGGAUUCCUAUUGCAACCUCACAUUCAAUUCUUCCCACCAUCGGCUCUGUUGGGUUCACUGAGCCAUGGAAUGGUGUUAAAACCGAUGGGGCUCCUGCUCAAAUGACAAUCUUUUAUGCCGGUUCAGUGUGUGUCUAUGAUGAUAUCACCCCUGAUAAGGCUCAGGCUAUUAUGUUAUUGGCCGGUAAUGGAACUUCCGUGGCUCCAACUGUAACACAGCCAAAAGUUCAAUCUCAGGCACCCAGCUCAAAACCAGCAGCAGUUGAUGCUGUUAUUGUGAACCAUACCAUAAACACACCACCAGGAUCUGGUCUCUCGAGUCCUCUAUCUGUUUCUUCACAUACUGGUGCUCAGUCGGGAAGUGGGUCUAACAAUACAGAAGAGCCGAUGGCUACUAAAACUACAGGGGUUGCAACCACUCCUAUUUGCAAAUUGGAGCUCUCAAAUGGGGUGAAUGCGAUGGGAUCUGUUGCUUCAACAAGUGUGAUACCUUCUGGACAUUCAAACUUUUAUGCUGCCAUUCCACAGGCUCGGAAAGCAUCCUUGGCUCUAUUCUUGGAGAAGCGCAAGCAAAGGUCAAUGAAUGUGGCACCAUACACCACCCAUAAAAAAUUCCCAGAGGGCUCCACCCCAGAGAGUAGAGGCAUUAACUUCUCAAUAGCUUCUCUCUCAAUAAGCAAGGAAGCUAACUGUGAUGUAAUGGCACCAAUUUAG